AUGUCUCAAGAGUCGUCUCGUCAAAUUGUAUCCAGUUCGAAUCAGGCGACAGGCACUCCUAGUAACUUACGACCCUCAGUACCAUUACCAUUACCAGUACCAGUACCUCCCAGCUAUCAUCCAGCAGCGGCUUCAUCUUCUCAGACUACUCUUCGAGUUCCAGCUGCUCUGCAAUCGUUCAACUCAACCAAUCAGCCUGUGGCUCCUCCGGCUGAUAACAUCUAUCAUCGACCUGUAUCAGUAGGAUAUCAACAGCCUCCACCACACGCUGCUAUUAGAAGACACCCGUCUCAACCCGGUCAAUCGGCUUACUACUAUCGACCAGGACCAACUGCCAGUUCUAGUAUCCGGUCAGUAUCGGCGCCUCUUCGAACAGCAUCUAUUUCCGGUUCAUCGACGUCGUCUUCUUCAGGCUCGAGCUCGGUUCUAACGUCCAACUCCAGCUCUAGUUCUAGUUCGACGUCGACCUCUGCUGCUACUUCGACCUCGUCUCCCUCGGCACUCCCGUUGCGAAGAAUGGACACACUUAUCUCAACAUAUCCUUCACAAAGGACUCAGUUCGGAGCUAGUACCCCUGAUUUGGCCACUCACCCAUUUCUUACUUCUACCAGUGCCCCUACUUCUUAUUUAGGUACUACUACUAGCAGUGACGAGCCAUUACUAAACAUCGAUCCCAAGUACGUUCAACAAAUCCAUUUAGAAGACCCUCUAGGAUCCGCUGCCAACAUCUCGUCUCCUGUCAUGUGGGCUUCUUCGCCAUCCACCUCGUCGGUUGUCAGCCAACAAAGUGCUGCUGCUAAUAUCCCCAUGUCUCCCAGUGGUUAUACCACCUCUUCAACACACCAACAGUAUCCUUCUCAUCUACAUUAUUUAUCCUCGGGCAUUCCAAGUACUCAUGGCCCCAGCUCACCUAUCGUGUCUAAUCAAGGCUUCACCAGCACGUCAAUGGGUCUUCCCUCUACAUCUUUGCAUUCUACCACCAGUCACAGCAGUUCCGGAAACCUUGCCAGUUCUCGUAGCGAAGAAGACUAUGACUACUACAGACGUCAAGAAGAGCAUGCCCAGUCACAAUCACAUCAACACCCAUCGCAACACUCAUCACAACACUCCUCACAACAACACCCAUCACAACAGCAUUUACAAGGACAGUUUGAUCGGGCCGACUCCCAGCAAUAUCAACAAUUCAACCCUCAAGUCUACUACCAAUCACAAGGCCAGCCUGCCAGUAUAAAACAAGAUGAGUUUGGCGGACUACUAGGCACGAGGAUCCAAGCUCCACCAUCACCACCUCUAGGGGCCGCUCCACUACAAAACACCACUAAUGAAUACACAUUUAAUGACUCUAAGCACAUGUACAAUAACCACGGCGGGGAAAUGCUCGACACCAGACUGCUCCAACAACAACAACAACAACAACAACAACAUCAACAUCAAGCCCAACCACACAUGACCCAUUUUGAUGGACAUACUGGACAAAUGACAAUGGCCAUGCCAAUGCACCUUGCAACUGGAACACAAGCCCAAAUGGCUGCUGCUACCUACUACCCGGAAUACCCCAGUGCGCCCGGUGAGCGGGAAAGAAGAGGUCACUCGCGAACCCAGUCUGCAUAUGCCCAAACUUCCGGCAGCCAGCCCGGCGAGAAGAAGUAUCAAUGUCCAGAAUGUGGCAAGUAUUUCCGACGAGACCUGCCUCGACACUUACGAACACACCAAGAAAUCGCCCGGUUCGUGUGUCCAUUCCCACGACCCCACUGUCCACACAAACGAGGCCAGUUCAACCGGCCCUACGAUUUCAAGAAGCACCUUCUCCACAGCCACUUUGUGUUUGACGACCAGAAAAUGGUGCGCUCUUUCCGCGACCUGAAAUCCAAACUGGGUUACGAAGGAACUUGUGCGUGCGGAGUGCGAUACCGCGCCGGCGACUGGCUCGACCAACACGUCUUUGGCAGCGAAAACAGGUGUCCCUACCUGAGCCACAACCACUAG